AUGCUGUUGGCUUGCGAAAGGAUCAACGUGCCUUUGGGUAGAGAUUUACUGCAUCCUUCCUUGGAAGAGGAAAAGAAAAAACAUAGAAAGAAACGGCUGGUUCAAAGUCCAAAUUCUUAUUUUAUAAAUGUAAAAUGUCCAGGCUGCUACAAGAUUACCACGGUUUACAGCCAUGCUCAGACAGUGGUGCUUUGUGUAGGUUGUUCAACCGUGUUGUGCCAGCCGACAGGAGGAAAGGCCAGACUCACAGAAGGGUGUUCAUUUAGAAGAAAGCAACACUAA